CCUCCGCCCGCCCGCGAUGGCCCCCGGCCCCGCCCCGCCCGCGCUGCCGGCGCUCCUGGCCCUCCUCGGGGCUCUGCUCCCAGGACUUGGAGGUGCCCAGACGUCCGUGGACCCAGCAGAAGCCAUCAUACCCCGAGGAGGCUCUGUGCAGGUGAACUGUAGUACCUCAUGCAACCAGACCUCCAUCUUCGGCCUGGAGACUCUGUUGACUAAGAAGGAAAUCGCCUCUGGGGACAACUGGAUGCUCUUUGAACUGAGUGAUGUGCAAGAAGAUAGCAAGCUGAUAUGUUUCUCAAACUGUCACGAGCAGACCAUGGCUCCGAUGCACCUCACCGUAUACUGGUUCCCGGAGCGAGUGGAGCUGGCACCCCUACCCCGCUGGCAGCCCGUGGGUGAGAACCUCACCAUGACCUGCCAGGUGGCAGGCGGGGCGCCCCGGACCAACCUCACGGUGGUGCUGCUCCGCGGGGAGGAGGAGCUGAGCCGGCAACUGGCCGGGGAGCCGGCCGAGGUCGCCGAGGUCACGUUCACGGUGGCGGUGGGCAGAGAGGACCACCUCGCCAACUUCUCGUGCCGCACGGACCUGGACCUGAGGCCCCGAGGGCUGGGAUUGUUCCAGAACAGCUCGGCGCCCAGGCAGCUCCGAACCUUUGUCCUGCCAGAGACCCUCCCACGCCUUGCUACCCCCCCGAUUGUGGAAGUGGGCACACAGUGGUCUGUGGACUGCACUCUGGAUGGGGUGUUCCCAGCUUCGGAGGCCCAAGUCCACCUGGUGUUAGCAGAAGAGAGGCUGCCCUCCACAGUCCUGUACAACAAGGAAUCCCUCUUGGCCAUGGCCAAUGUCAAAGCAAACCCAGAAGACGAGGGUACCCAGCAGCUAUGGUGUGAGGUGACACUGGGAGACGAGAAUCGGAGGUGGCAGGAGAAUGUGACCUUCUAUAGCUUCCCGGCACCCAACCUGACCCUGAGUGAGCCAGAGGUCUCAGAAUGGACUACGGUGACUGUGGAGUGUGAGGCCCCUGCUGGAGUCGUGGUGUCGCUGAGCGGGCUCCCUUCGGGGCUUGCAGUACCCAGGGCACAGUUCCAACUAAAUGCCAGCGCUGCUGACAACAGGCGCAGCUUCUCCUGCUCUGCUGCCCUGGAGGUGGCUGGGCACGUGCUGCAAAAGAACAAGACCCGGGAGCUCCACGUCCUGUAUGGUCCCCGACUAGACCAGAGGGAUUGUCUGGGAAACUGGACGUGGGAGGAAGGCUCCUAUCAGACCCUGAAGUGCCAAGCUUGGGGGAACCCGAUUCCUGAGCUGAAAUGUCACCGGAAGGGGGAUGAGGCUUUGCUGCCCAUCGGGGACCUGAGACCAGUCAAGCGGGAGGUUGCUGGCACUUACCUGUGUCAGGCCCGGAGCCCCCGUGGUGAGAUCACCCGAGAAGUGGUCAUCAACGUGAUCUACCACCAGAACAACAUUCUUAUCAUCAUCCUGGUGACAACCAUUGUCAUCUUAGGAACCGUGAGUGUAGCCGCUUACCUCUAUAACCGCCAGCGGAAGAUCCAGAAAUACAAGCUUCAGAAGGCCCAGGAGGCAGCUGCCAUGAAGCUGAACACACCGGCCACGCCCCCCUGAACCUGGGCCAGGACCCAGCCUCCUCCUCUGCCCCCCACUCGGUGGCAGCAGUGUCACACUGGCAGCGGUGCCGUAAUGAACAACGGUGGUCACAAGCCACUCACCUUCCCAGGAUGCCUGAGGACAGGGUAGAGGCCUCAGGAUACAGACAGCAUUUGGGGUCCUGGCACCUGCACAUUAAGGGUCCUCAAGCCUCACACCUGACCUGAAGCCUCAGGACUGAGCCACAAGGAAGGGGCAGGACUUGGGGCAUGACUCUGAUGGAUGUCCAAGCCUGACCUGUCUAGAGGGGGUGUAUGUAGUGGAACACUCAGCAUGGGACGCCCAACUGGGAAACCCCGAAACUUCACCCUUACUGCAUGUGCUGAGGCCCUACAGUCCUAAGAUAGAAGUGGUCUGCACAAACAGAAACAGCACGGAAACACAUAUCCCUAUACUUCCUCUGACCCAUGCCCUGCUGUCCACUGAUUUUCCUCAACUUUUGAUAAUGACAUAUUUAUUAAUUUGUUCUUUUACCAGCUA